CCAUUUCCCUUAUCCGGAAACAGCCUUUGCUUUCCCCCUCCCUAAAACCCCCCGCAGCGGCGCAGCGCCACCUCUCCUCCUCAGCCGAAGCGUCGGGGCCAUGGCCAUGGCGAUGGCGUCGCCGCCCGCUUGCCCAUUCCUCCUCUCGCUCUCGGCCGGCGCCACCGCCAUUUCCACCGUGUCCGCCGCCUACGGUUCCGUUUCCGCCCCGCGCGCGCCUCUCUUCCUCCUCGCCUCCCCGCGUCCCGUCCCGCCUCGCCGACCCCUCGCCGCGGGCUCCUCAUCUCCCAAGGCCGCGGCACCCGCCGCCGUCGAGAUCCCCGAGGAGUACGUGGACGAUGUUGAUGCGGUGAACAUUGCGCAGGACGUCACCCAGCUGAUUGGGAAAACCCCAAUGGUGUAUCUGAAUAAUGUUGUCGACGGAUGUGUUGCUAAUAUCGCUGCAAAACUUGAGUACAUGGGACCUUGCAGGAGCGUCAAAGACAGGAUUGGAUUAAGCAUGAUUAAUGAUGCUGAAGAGAAAGGAUUAAUUUUUCCAAACAAGACCAUUUUGGUUGAACCAACUACUGGAAAUACUGGUAUAGGCCUAGCUUCUGUGGCUGCUGCUAGGGGAUACAAGCUAAUAGCAACUGUACCUUCAUCAAUAGAUGUUGAGAGAUGUGUUCUUCUACGUGCAUUUGGAGCUGAGAUUGUGUUAACUGAUCCUAACAAGGGACUAAAAGGAGCUCUUGAUAAAGCAGAGGAAAUUGUUUCGAAGACACCAAAUGCAUACAUGUUUCAGCAGUUUAACAAUUCCGCUAAUAGUGAGAUCCACUUUCAAACCACAGGCCCAGAAAUAUGGGAAGACACCUUGGGUACUGUUGACAUACUAGUUGCAAGCAUUGGCACAGGUGGCACCAUUACAGGCACUGGGCGUUAUCUGAAAAUGAUGAACAAAGAUAUUAAGGUUAUUGGGGUAGAACCUGCUGAAACUAGUGUAAUCUCUGGUGAUAAUGCUGGUUAUAUUCCAAGCAUAUUAGAUGUUCAGCUGCUUGAUGAAGUUGUGAAGGUUACCACCACAGAGGCAGUCGAUGUUGCAAGGGAACUUGCACUAAAAGAGGGCCUGCUGGUUGGCAUUUCGUCAGGUGCUGCCACAGUUGCUGCUAUUAACGUCGCUAAAAGACCUGAAAAUGCUGGAAAAUUGAUUGCGGUUAUUUUCCCCAGCUUUGGAGAAAGAUAUAUCUCUAGCAUUUUAUUCCGUCCGAUAUAUGACUCGGUCCGAAGAAUGAGGAAGAGAUAACUAACUUCUGCCACUCCAGGAAGAAGAAGGUUGCCAGUUCUUAAACCUAACAUACUUCCACGGCAUAACAGAUUUUGAAGGGUGAGGUUCCAGGUAGAUUACAACGAGUAGUGCCUGAAAUUUUGAAACGCCAUAGGCACUGGUCAGCCUCACAGAAGGUUGAAAUUGCGCACGGUUGCUGACGAGUAGUUUGCAAGCCUGCAAUUUGGUUCCAGGGAAUCGUGUCCAAAACUAUUCAUAACUGUAAAUCAUCUGCACCAAAGCGUCUGGAACCAGACCACAUCCACGAUGGAAUAUGUAGAAUUAGAUAUUGCAGCUAGCAUAGUAGGAUCUUUCUUCAAUAGUUUAGGCUUGGUAAUGGAACAGAUCUGUAAUGUGAUAUACCUUUUGAGCUGAUCUUGUUGACUUAUUGAACGAAACUCUACACAGAUUUACUA